UUGUGAUUGACCAUCUGUCAUAAACCAACUGUCCAAAUCUUAUUUGGAAGUCAAUUCAAUAUUCAAUAGCAGUCCCUCAAACAAGUGUUAUAAAUAAUAUAUGUAUAUACGUUAUAUAAAUAUAGUUGAGCGAGUUGCCAUUAGCAACACAUUAAUACAUAUCGUCACCGACGGGUUAUGAACUUCUCUUUGGUUGACAACUUUGUCCGCUUUGAGUCUGCUCAGUAGAAGCUGGCAUGUCGCGGCCGCGUAAGAGCAAACUACCGAAGCCCCUACCGGACGGCUUUAACCUGACCGACAGCGAGAAGAAGCGCUGGAGGCUGGGCAGACUCAUCGGUCAGGGCGGCUUCGGGCUCAUAUAUCUAGCCUCCCAGGAUGUGGACUCAGCUGUUGCAGAAGACACCGGCUUUGUCAUAAAAGUGGAGUACCAGGAGAACGGCCCCCUGUUCUCAGAGCUCAAGUUCUAUCAGAGGGCAGCCAAGGCGGAGAUCAUAGAACAAUGGAAAAAUAGCAAGAAGUUGAGCUUCUUGGGCAUACCAACCUACUGGGGAUCAGGGCUAGCUGAACACAAUGGACUCAGGUACCGCUUCAUGGUCAUGGAGCGGCUGGGCGGAGACCUCCAGAGAGUGUCAGAGUGCAACAGGGGUCAAAUGAAGAGGGCCACCGUGCUCCAGAUUGGUCAGAGGCUGUUGGAUGUGCUGGAGUAUAUCCAUGACCAUGAAUACGUCCACGCAGACAUCAAAGCUGCCAAUCUAAUGCUGGGUUACACAGACCCGGAGAAGGUCUACCUUGCAGACUACGGCCUGGCUUACAGGUACUGCCCUGGGGGAAUACACAGGGAGUAUAAAGAGAACCCCAAGAAGGGCCACAACGGCACCCUGGAGUACACCAGUCUGGACGCCCACCUUGGAGUUGCACCCUCUCGGCGCGGGGACCUCCAGGUGCUGGGGUUCUGUUUGCUCCACUGGCUGUGUGGCGUGCUGCCUUGGGACGGCAUGCUGACCAACCCUGCCCAGGUCCAAGAAGCCAAGGCAAAACUGAUGAAUAAUCUGCCUCGCUCGGUCCAGCAGCUGUCUGCUAGUGGAUCAUCUACGGACGAGGUAGCGAGGUUGCUCCUGAACGUCAAAUCCCUAGGGUACCAGCAGCGGCCAGACUACCAGAUGCUCAGGGACCUGCUGGGCAGCGGCGUUCAGGGAAGGCUCGACUUCUCCAGGCCCCACGGACGCCCAGCAGCUGGGACCCUGGAGGAUCCCCUUCCCCGGGGCAAGGUGGGAACAUCAAAAAGACCACCCAAACCUGUGUCGUUGGAUGAAGAAGAGGAUGGUGCGAAAGGGGAUGUGACGAAGACCAAACCAAGUGGGGUCAAACAAGGAACAGUUGCUAACAGCCCACGGACUGAACAAAAGGGGAGGACCUCCAGAGGAACUUCGAAGCCUGAAGCCAUGGAGCUGAAGGAGGAGGAGCUGGCAAGGAAGACCAAACCCAUUCCCUCUCAAUAUCUAAGAGGACCACCAGCAAGUAGGCCUGAGGCAUCAGGAACAGCUGCGGUUAGGCGAUCAUCGAGAGCCAGGUCAGUGCCGGCUGGGUUUUAUGAAGAAGAUUAUGAAAGUGAAGAGGACGAAGAGGACUGGGAGAAAGAGACCAUUCCCAUUGCUGCUUGCCACCUCAGAGGGCCCCCCAUCGGCCCAAGACCAGAGCAGACAUCUGCGACAACACUCCACACCGGAAGAAGGGCAGACGUCCGGUACGUCUGCACGAAACCCCUGACAGUGAGCACAGCCCGGAGGCACGUACACUUCCUCGAUCCCCUCCCCCACGGAGGGGGGAGGGGCCGAGGCAUCCUGGAGUGGGAGGAGCCAUCUCCCAGGGUCCCCAGAGAGGAGCCCGGUGUCAAUUUGAUAGCGAGGACCAUCUGGAGGAACAUGUUUGUCUGCGGCACCGUUUUCGCAACCCUCUUUUUUAUCUUAGUUUGUGUUGAGACACUGAGGUGACGCGCACAACCGUAAUACAAAUAUGAAUCACUAGAGCUGGAUCGUGUGGGCCGUCCUGCCCGUGGCUCCCAUGUAGUAAUGUUGGUUGGAAUGUGGUGGAAGACGGAAGAGGAAUCCUCAAACCUCAGGAUAGUGGUGCUGCCAUCUUUACAGUGAUUGGCUGAAACACAAGCAAAAACAUAAUUUUUGUUUGAGUAAAGGGUAUCCUAACAAGAGGCUCUUUUAUAAAACAUCUGUAGUUGGAUUUGUUGACACUGAAGACUACCCAAUACAUCGGAGCACAAUGCCACUCUCAAGGUGCUGACAAACAUGCGUUUAACGGUGCAUCACUCUCAGCUGAAAGGGUUGACAAAACAGUUAUUGAGGUAUGCAUGGUGCGCAGGGCACACUCACAAAGAGACUGUCACUAUUCUAUAUGCCAGUGUUCAUCGACCAGUUUUGUACUGCAGGUAGCACGUAGGAUGUCAUUCUUGAAACAUACUUUACUUACAAUAUUAGAAAAAUAAGGGAGUCGUUUUUCAUAGUGAUGUCUUCCAUUCAUGUUUCGUAUGGAUUUGUGUUUGCAAAAUAAACACACUUGCAGCAUUAGCAUUUCUUUCAA